ACCUGGAAACAGGCAUGCAUGAUGUCAGACUUAACAAGUGUUACUCAUUAUAGCCAUUUUUUCAGCUAUCUUUCUAGUUGAAAAUGGACGUUUAGUGGCCUAAGACCUAAGUAAAUGUUCCCUCUAGCUUCUAGUAUCGCCAUAAAUGACUCUUCAACUGUAAUGACCUCAGUCAGUCGUUUGUUUGACUCAGUGUGAAGGUCACUUUCAUCUUCCCGUGUUUUCCAGGCUCCGUCUGAGGUGUGAAGGCCGCUGGCCACCCGACCGGCUUCAAUCCACCCGGCGUGUCAGAGCGAGUUUCCCGAGAGCUAGCGAACGGCCCGAUCAGCACCCGCAGGCACAUCGGCUUGACGUGUGUGUAGAGGAGCGUCGUAGUUAAUGUGAUGGACCGGUGAAAAUCAUCGUGUAGAAACUAAGAGAGGCUGUGGGAUUGCAUUGCAUCUCUUCAAUAUUCAAUAUCUGUUUUGGCUCCAGAGGACCGUUGAUGGACUACUUGGGUCGCCGACGGUGCAAGCGAGGCCGCUGAAGAAAACGCCACUCCAACCAGCCGAAGAAUGAAGCAGAAGGAAUAUUAAAACAGCAGAGAGAGAGUGCCAAACGUCCAGUGUGCUGACCCCUCGUCUCCAGCCUGUGGGGCCGCGGCUCUCCAGCAAGGUCAUAGGUCAUCUGUGACACGAUGCCAGCCGGCCACCUGCCCAUCCUGCUCUCCCUGAGCGCCCUGCUGCUGUCUCCGCUGCUCACCGGCUCCUUGGCCUUAUCCGCACCACAGUUUACAAAAAGACCUCAAAACCUGAUUGGCGUCUCCGGGGGUGUUGUAUCCUUCGUUUGCCAAGCCGCGGGUGACCCCAAGCCAAAAGUAACCUGGAACAAGAAAGGCAAGCGGGUGAACUCUCAACGCAUCGAGACGAUAGAGUUUGACGAAGGUGCGGGGGCCGUCCUGAGGAUCCAGCCUCUCCGGGCGCCUCGAGACGAGAACAUCUACGAGUGUGUGGCGGAGAACAGCGAAGGCGAAGACAGUGUCCAGGCUACGCUGUCGAUCAUUAGAGAAGACCAACUUCCUGGGGGGUUCCCCAACAUCGACAUGGGCCCACAGCUGAAGGUAGUGGAGCGCACACGCACGGCUACCAUGCUUUGCGCCGCCAGUGGUAACCCCGACCCGGAAAUCACCUGGUUCAAAGACUUCCUUCCCAUCGACCCUAGCACGAGUAACGGCAGAAUCAAACAGCUCAGAUCAGGUGCCCUGCAGAUCGAAAACACUGAGGAAACGGACCAGGGGAAGUACGAGUGUGUGGCGUCUAACAUCGAAGGCGUCCGAUACUCUUCCCCUGCCAACCUGUAUGUGCGAGAGCUUCGAGAAGUUCGUCGCGUGCCUCCACGUUUCUCCAUCCUGCCCACCAGCCACGAGAUCAUGCCGGGCGGUAGCGUCAACAUCACUUGCGUCGCCGUGGGCUCGCCCAUGCCCUACGUCAAGUGGAUGCUCAACUCGGAGGACUUGACGCCUGAGGACGAGAUGCCAGUGGGCAGGAACGUUCUGGAGUUAAACGGCGUCCGCGAGUCGGCCAACUACACCUGCGUGGCCAUGAGCAGCCUGGGCAUCAUUGAGGCUGUGUCCCAGAUCAUUGUCAAGUCUUUGCCGAAACCUCCAGGUACUCCUGUCGUGACCGAAACUACCGCCACCAGCAUAACCAUCACCUGGGACAGUGGCAACCCUGAACCCGUCUCCCAUUACAUCAUCCAGUAUCGCGCCAAGUCUCCCGAGAGCAAGUUCGAGACCGUGGACUCCAUCACCACCACUCGCUACAGUAUUGGAGGACUUUCUCCCAACACCGAUUACGAGAUCCGCGUGUCCGCCUUUAACACCAUUGGGCAGGGCCCACCCAGUGAACCAGUCGAGGCUAGGACUGGGGAGCAAGCUCCCGCCAGCCCACCGCGAAAUAUCCAAGCCCGUAUUAUUUCCCAGAACACCAUGAUGGUACGCUGGGAUGAACCCGAGGAGCCCAAUGGACAGAUCAAGGGUUAUCGGGUGUACUUCACCAUGGACCCAUCUCAGCUCAUGAGCAUGUGGCAAAUCCACAACGUACAGGACAGCGUGAUCACCACCAUUCAGAGUCUGGUGCCCUCCGAGACCUACACCAUCCGAGUGCUGGCCUUCACGUCUGUAGGAGACGGACCCUUCUCAGAUCCCAUUCAUGUCAAAGUGCUUCAAGGAGUCCCCGGACAGCCGACAAACUUCCAAGUCGGCGAGGUGUCAGACACGGCUGUCGAGCUUACUUGGGAACCAGCCUUCGAGAAAGAGGGAAUCAUCAGUUACGAACUCCAUUACAAAGAGGGCAGUCAAGGACCUCAGGUAAAGAAAACAUUCGGUCCAACCUCUUCCUAUGUGGUGGAGGGCCUACGCGCUAAUACAGAGUACUACUUCUCUCUGGCUGCCGUCUCCAACAAGGGCAUUGGAGCUUUCACCAAUGAAAUAUCCCAAAGGACAUCCCAAGCCAAGCCCUCCGCCCCCCCUCAAGACAUUAAGUGCUCCAGCUCCAGCUCCACCACCCUGCUGGUAAGUUGGCGCCCUCCGCCGGCCGAGAGCCAGAACGGGGCGCUGGCCGGGUACAUAGUGCGCUACGCGGUGGUGGGCGCCGGGGCCGAGGUCAGCGCGGAGCCCGUGGAGGAGCCGGCGGUGCCGUCCACCUCCGACCGGAUCGAGCUCCAGCGGCUGGAGAAAUGGACCAUGUACAGAGUCACCGUGGCGGCCUCCACCAGCGUGGGUCCGGGCCCCGAGAGCGAGCCGCUGCUCUGCCGCACGGACGAGGAUGUUCCCGGGGCCCCCCCUCGCCGCGUGGAGGUCGAGGUGCUCAACUCCACCGCCAUCAAGGUGAUGUGGCGCUCACUGUUGCCAGGGAAACAGCACGGGCAGAUCCGCGGGUACCAGGUGCACUACGUCCGCGUGGAGAACGGCGAAUCCCGCGGCCUGCCCCUCAUCAAGGACGUCAUGCUAGCCGAUGCACAGUGGGAAAUGGACGACACAGCUGAAUACGAGAUGGUCAUCGGGGGCCUGCAACCUGACACCACGUACUCCAUCACCGUGGCCGCCUACACCACCAAAGGAGACGGUGCCCGCAGCAAACCCAAGCUGGUGGUGACGAAGGGAGCAGUGCCGGGGCCUCCCUUUCUCUCCGUCAACCAAAACUCAGAGACUACCGCGUUAGUACGCUGGCAACCCCCAGAUUUCAUCGCCCCUGGUCUCGAGGUGCAGGGCUAUCGGCUGCAGUUCGGCCGAAAAGACGUGAGCCCCCUGGCCACGCUGGAGUUCGGCCCUCAGGAGUUCGAAUACUCCAUUAGCAAUAUCCACCGAGGGGCCGCCUACUUGUUCAAAGUGUCCGCCAAGUCCAAAUCGGGAUUUGGCGAAGAGGCUACGCGAGAACUUAGAGUCCCGGAAGAGGUUCCUCGAGGGUAUCCUCAAAUAACCGAAGGGUCCAACAUCACCUGCUGCUCGCUCCAGUUCUCCUGGCUGCCUCCGGUGCUAGCGGAGCGCAACGGCGAUAUAACGGAAUACACACUGGCCUAUCAGGAGGCGGGAAUGGCUCCCAAGGAACUUCGCCUUCCGGCGAGCAAGAACAGCUACACCCUCAACAGCCUGAGACCCAACGCAGUGUACGAUGUGAAAAUCCGAGCGCACACCAGUGUAGGUCCAGGGCCCUACAGCCCGCCGAUCCAGUAUCGAACAGUGGCCUACGAAGCAGAUGUUCCUAAGAACUUCACCGUGAAGCUGGUCACCAAGACCACGGUCCUGCUGACCUGGAAGUUUUCCGAUAGCCGUUCCCCAUACCGAUGCAUGAUCGAAUACAACCGGCAGAAGGUUGACGUUGAUGCGAGGAUGACCAAAGCUCUCAUCACCAAUUUACGACCCAACGUCACCUAUGAGUUCAGAAUCACCUGUCAGGAGAGCAGCGACGGUGGACCCAAACACAAGCUCAUCGCCCGAACGGCGCCGGCUAUCCUGAUCCGAAAGCCUGAGUUGGACCUGAAAAGAGAGCCGGACAGUAUGCUGACCAUUCUCUUCCCGCCGCUGGAGGCCAAAGACUUGAUCAAGGCGAUCUAUAUCGUGGUGGUUCCUCUGAAGAAGGGAAGAGGACCGAUCAGACACAUCAAGAACCCAGAUGAGCUGGACCUGGAAGAGCUGUUGGGCGAAAGAAGACUUCAACGUCACGCGCGCACCACCCGUCAGCUCAAGCAGGUGGACGGAAAGCGGCCCUACAUCGCUGCCAGCUUCAAGCCCUCAUCCAUGCCGUCGUCCUUCAUCCUGGGCGACCAGAGAGUGUACAGCGCCUUUGAAAACAGGGCUCUGGACCCUGGACAGGAAUACGUGUUGUUCAUCCUAGCUGAGCUUAACACUACUGGAGGGAAGUCGUUUGCAUCGAGCCCCUACACGGACCCAAUCAUGGCUCCUGAUGUGGACCCUCAGCCCCUGGAGACGGGAGGAGACGGACUCAUCUGGGUGGUGGGACCCGUUCUCGCUGUGGUCUUCAUAAUCUGUAUUGUGAUUGCGAUUCUCCUCUACAAGAACAGCAAGCCUGACAGCAGCAAACGGAAAGAGUCAGAGCCACGGACGAAAUGCCUUCUGAACAACGCCGAGAUCACCCCUCACCACCCCACUGACCCCGUGGAGAUGAGGCGCAUCAACUUCCAGACCCCAGAUUCGGGCCUAAGCAGUCCUGUCAGUGAAGCUGGUUUUGACUAUGAAAGUAUGAUGAACCACCCUCCCAUACCCAUCUCAGAGCUAGCCGAGCACACCGAUCUACUGAAGGCCAACGACAACCUGAAGCUCUCCCAGGAGUACGAGUCCAUCGAUCCGGGUCAGCAGUUCACCUGGGAGCAUUCCAACCUGGAGGUCAACAAACCCAAGAACCGAUACGCCAACGUCAUCGCCUACGACCACUCCCGCGUAAUCCUGGCACCCAUCGAAGGUAUCACAGGCAGCGACUACAUCAAUGCUAACUACAUCGACGGAUACAGGAAGCAGAAUGCAUACAUAGCCACGCAGGGGCCGCUGCCGGAGACCUUCGGAGACUUCUGGAGGAUGGUGUGGGAGCAACGAGCCGCCACCGUGGUCAUGAUGACCAGACUGGAGGAGAAGUCACGGAUAAAGUGCGACCAGUACUGGCCGAGUAGAGGGACGGAGACCUACGGUAUGAUUCAGGUGACGCUCUUGGACACCAUCGAACUCGCCACCUUCUGCGUGCGCACCUUCUCCCUACACAAGAAUGGUUCUAGCGAAAAGCGAGAGGUUCGACAGUUCCAGUUCACCGCCUGGCCGGACCACGGCGUUCCCGAGUACCCCACUCCGUUCCUGGCCUUCCUCAGGAGGGUGAAAACCUGCAAUCCACCGGACGCCGGUCCCAUCAUUGCCCACUGCAGUGCUGGUGUGGGCCGCACAGGCUGCUUCAUCGUGAUCGACGCUAUGCUAGAACGCAUCAAGCACGAGAAGACGGUAGACAUCUAUGGUCAUGUGACCCUCAUGCGCUCCCAGAGGAAUUACAUGGUACAGACGGAAGACCAGUACAGCUUCAUCCACGAUGCCCUUCUGGAGGCCGUCGCCUGCGGGAACACGGAGGUGGCGGCACGAAGCCUCUUCUCCUACAUCCAGAAGCUGGCGCAGGUGGAGGUCGGAGAGCACGUCAGCGGCAUGGAACUGGAGUUUAAGCGUUUGGCGAACUCCAAAGCCCACACAUCCAGAUUCAUAAGUGCCAAUCUGCCAUGCAACAAAUUUAAAAACCGCCUGGUCAACAUCAUGCCGUACGAGACGACUCGAGUGUGCCUGCAGCCAAUCAGAGGGCUGGAAGGGUCUGACUAUAUCAACUCCAGCUUUAUCGACGGAUACAGACAACAGAAGGCGUAUAUAGCCACACAGGGCCCAUUAGCGGAGACCACAGAGGACUUCUGGAGGAUGUUGUGGGAGAACAACUCCACCAUUGUGGUGAUGCUGACCAAACUGAGGGAGAUGGGCCGAGAAAAGUGUCACCAGUACUGGCCGGCGGAGCGCUCGGCUAGAUAUCAGUACUUUGUGGUGGAUCCAAUGGCGGAGUACAACAUGCCACAGUACAUCCUCAGAGAGUUUAAAGUGACGGAUGCCCGGGACGGCCAAUCCAGGACCGUACGCCAGUUCCAGUUCACUGAUUGGCCGGAGCAAGGCGUUCCCAAAUCAGGAGAGGGAUUCAUUGACUUUAUUGGUCAGGUGCAUAAAACGAAGGAGCAGUUUGGCCAGGACGGGCCCAUUUCUGUCCACUGCAGUGCCGGUGUGGGACGGACCGGGGUCUUCAUCACGCUAAGCAUCGUGCUGGAGCGAAUGCGUUACGAGGGUGUGGUGGACAUCUUCCAAACGGUCAAAAUGUUGAGAACACAACGACCAGCAAUGGUGCAAACGGAGGACGAGUACCAGUUUUGCUAUCAGGCGGCUCUGGAGUACCUUGGAAGUUUUGAUCACUAUGCAACGUAAAAAGCCAUUUUUUGUUCCCCCCCGCCCCACGAUCCCCCUCCCCCCAACAGCCUCCUGAGCCAUAAAAACUUGCUUGAAAACAUGAAACGAUGACAACUAUACAAAAAUUCAUACAAUUUUUUUCGACGAAUCGUCUUUUGGAACCAAUCGUGAAAAACCCCAAUCACACUGGAGAAGCGCAAACGGAUCCCAAACACUUCAACGUCCCAAGCUCACGAUGGAGGAACCAAACGUUUUGGCUCAGGCUGGAGGGUGGGAAUGAUGUCGGCGUCGGACCGCUAACCUUACCUCAAGUGUUCUGAUGUGGAGGACAAACGUAGUUUCUUUCCAAACUAACUCUGUGAACAAAAAGUACACGAGUAAACGACACCGAUAGAUGGAGAGUACCUAAUUGGUUGGUUGGCAUCUGAAAUCCUUGUUUACUGAAACGGACGUCAGUGGUGUCUGUAUUCAAUGGAGAAGUUGGAGGAAGGGUACAAACGAGACUUAUUUUGCUGCUCACGUCUUGGGUUCAAGUGACAUGUUGCCAUUCGGACAAAAUUGGGAGCCACUUUAGAGCAAUUUCGAGGCGAACCGAUCAUCCACUUGAGAAAGUAACCCUCCCUUUGAAACCACUGGAGCUGACAAGCACGUCUUGAGGCGUUUAAGGAAAUGGUCGAAAACUAAUCGGAUCCCGUAAACACGUCCGUUUUUUAGUGCAUUCAAGGAUACGCUAGAAAACGUUUCUACCAAGAAACGUAGCUCCUUGUUAAGAGCCAAUGGGAGUUGAACUAUUGGGUCAGAUGGAGAUUAGGGGCAGAGGAACCACCACUGAAGUCUCAAGUUACACCGGAUAGGGGAUGCGUGGCUACGUCUCCAGUGACCAACGUUCAUUGCCAUCGUUUCAACCAACUUUUGAUCUUACAACUAUGUUUUUUUUGGUUUCGUUUUGCUCUUGAUACCAAACAUGCUGCUUUCGCUCCAUUAUGCUGUACGUGUACAUGUGAAGAGUCCGAUUUAACGGAUGAAGUGUGCGAUAGUGUGGUUACGUGUGUUGGUCCCACCUCUCAAUCCAUUUCCUAAUGCCCCAACGGUCGCCCAACUUUAUUUAGUCAUCAAAACGACCCAUUCCUGGUUACUUUGGGAUUACUUGCGUUUAUUUUUUCUUCGAUGGAUUUUGGCUAACGAACAACGAGAAACGGGCAUGAAAUUGCGGUACAACUAUCUUGUGAAUCUGUUGUUUUAGGUGGGACUUGUUUUACGUGCUCAUGAGGGGGAGGGGUCUCUUCUCCGCAGUCAGUGCUGAUUGGCUGUUCUGGAGAAUGCCUGAACUCGGAGUGUUCUGAUUGGUGAGAGAAUGAAAGGAGCCGUGUGUAAUCUUAUUUCCAAAAAGCCUUAUUCUUGUAACAUCAUAGGGAAAAGAAAAUGCAUUACCGUUGUAUUAUUUUGACUAUUAUGACUAUUAUCUCCUUACUUAACAAACUUUUGAUUUAUUUCUUGGUUUAGUGUUUUUUUUAACAAAGAUACCGUACUCAUUUUUUUUUUUUUUUAUUAGCAAGAAAAAUAAUGCUCAUUUUGCUCAUAUUACGUUAAAAGACAUUCUAUUUUUUCACUGUAGAAAUGCUACGUGAGAUGUGUUUGUGUGCAUGUAUACAUAGACGAAUGGGACAUGAAUGUAUACAUACACACUCACAAUAUAUUUAAAUGCAGAAUAUAAAGAUGUAUCCAAAUCUUCAUAUGAAUAGCCUUUUUUUCUUUUUUGAAGUGGGCACUCAUUUUUAUACCACCAUGAAAUUAUUGCGUGUAUGAAAUCAUGAAUUUUAGUUUUUAUUUCUUAAAAUAGUUCUUUGCGAGAAGAUCUUUGACUUCCUGACGGCCAAUAAUGAAGGAUGGACUACGAUUUCAAUCCUAUUGUUAUUCGAUUCAUCAAUAGUACUAGUAUUAACUGAAGUAUUACUUUUAUAAAAGAUGUAGAAUUGGUUUGCUAAAUAUUCAAUUGAACAAAAAAAAAAAAUACAAAAAAAUAUACGUUCCAAAUUUUACAAAAAAAAAACUCUAAUUUUGUUACAACCCAUCGUUGUGAAAGCGUUCUUUUUUUUUUUGGGAAUCUUUAGUUUUUUCACUUUUUAAAACCACCGAAUGUUCGAUCGUUUGUUAGAUAUCAACUAUGAUCCUAAAUAUAAUGCCUGUAAAUAAACAAAUAUAUAUUAUAUGUAUUUGUAUAAUUUGACCCACAAGAUGUAUGUCUUUGAACAGUACUGAGAUAAACUACAACAAAGAGUUUAUGCUAAUGGGAACCUUCCACAGUUUUGAAAGAAGCUUUGUCUCACGCUAACAGCUCUGUUUAUCUCUCUUCCCUUCAUUCCUCUUUUUUUUUUUCCCCUGAUCCAUUUGUUCAUUUAUUUUUUCCCCACACUCUUCACUUUUUAUUCUUAUCUUCGCCUCCACACACUGCGGUCCAGUGGUGAGAGAAAUCACGACGCUUCUCCUUCACCAAUAAGACUUACUGCUAAUAAGACUUUGCUCAAAAAUAGACUUGGCUUUCCCCAAGCAAAAUAUAAUUUCUCAAUGAAAUUUACCCGUUUUAAGCCUAAAGCAGUAAUCAUUUAGUGUUUUCCUCAUUUUGAGUGAGAUUCGGAUGCCCAGUGCCUAUAAAAUGCCAUUUGAACAGCGAGAGCGAAUUGCCUUGAAUCGAUUAGCUUCACGUCAUUAUCGCUAGCAUUAUCUCUCACCACUGCCUCUGUGUUCCAUCUUUCAUUUAAAGUUAUAGUUCAUUACAAAGCUUUAGAAGUUUACAGAUGCAUGCCAUGUUUCUUCAUUUGUUUUUUUACUCCGUUGAGGGACGAAGUACGAUCUGGAAAUUUCAACGCUGCCUUUUAAAAUGUUGGGAGUUUUGUGUGUUUCUAACGAACUUUUCCUCGGGAGGGAAAACGCGAUGGACUAAUCUACGACGGCAGAGGUGCUCAGAAGUUUGCUCAAAGGACCUUGGACCUUUCGACAACAGGAGCCGAUUGAUUAGCGUGCAAAUCAUGAAGAACCAAUAUUCAAAAGUGAACGUAUUAAUACCACGGCCAACAACAACAAAAGAAGAAGAAAAAAAGCCAAACUCGAACGUGAAAAUAGUUUUCUUUGUACAAAAGGCCAAGUGCUAUCGCUUUCAAACUGUUACUUCUGAUGGACACAAUAACUGGUUUGAAACCACUGUGUAUGUAGAUAUGUUGACUUUGUAUUAAAGAACUGUUGUCUGAAAA